AUGGCGAAGAAAAGUGAUGACAGUAGAGCCUCACCUGGGAAAUCCAGAGUUGAUCCCUGCUGGGUGUCCUUCGACGUGCUGGCUGCCCAGAACCCGGCCCUGAUCCACGUGGAGGUUCAGGUGAUGGACGUCAAUGACAACGCGCCGCGGUUCCCCACGCCCGAGCUGGAGCUGGAGAUCUCGGAGAGCGCAUCCCUGCGGACGCGGAUCCCGCUGGAUCGAGCCCUGGAUGCUGACGCUGGCCCUAAUGCCCGCUGCUCCUACGCCCUCUCCCCCAAUGAGCACUUUGCUCUGGAGGUUGUCUCCAGCUCCGAUGGGACAAGGCAUGCGGAGCUUGUCGUGGUUAAGGAGGUGGACCGGGAGCUGCACUCCUCCUUCGACCUCGUGCUGACGGCCACCGAUCACGGGGAGCCACCAAAAUCAGGUACUGCUUUGAUUAAAGUCAUUGUCCUCGACUCCAAUGACAACAGCCCCGUGUUUGCAGAGAGCUCCCUGACGGUGGAGGUUCGGGAGGACGCCCAGCCCGGGACCCUCCUCGUGACGGUCACGGCCACUGACCCUGACCAGGGUCCCAACGGGGAGAUUGAGUACAGCCUGAGCAGGCACGCGCCCCCCGAGGUGCUGAGCACCUUCAGCAUCGAUGCCCGCACGGGCAGCAUCUUCCUGAGGCUCCCUCUGGACUAUGAGGAGACCCACGCCUACGAGCUGGACGUGCAGGCACGGGAUCUGGGCGCCAACCCCAUCCCGGCACACUGCAAGGUCCUGGUCAAGGUCCUGGAUGUCAACGACAACGCUCCCGAUGUCCACGUCACCUGGGCCACGCGGGAGCCCGUGCUGUCCGAGGCUGUCCCCAAGGACAGCUUUGUGGCCCUGGUGACAGCCAGUGACCCUGACUCAGGAAGCAAUGGGCAAGUGCUCUGCUCCCUCAGCCAGGGCUACGAGCACUUCAGGCUGAAGAGGACCAACAGCCACAGCUUCGCGCUGCUGACCAACGCCUCGCUGGACCGCGAGCGGCGCGCCGAGUACAACCUGACGCUGGUGGUGAGGGACAUGGGGGACCUGUCCCUGGCCGUGCUGAAACACCUCACCAUCUGCAUCAGUGAUGUCAAUGACAACGCCCCAGCCUUUGAGAAGGCCGCUUACGAGGCUGCUGUUGCUGAGAACGGUGAAGCACCUGCCUUCCUGCUCACUGUCCGUGCCACUGACCCUGACCUGGGCUCCAAUGGGAAAGUCACCUACAGGAUCCUGGACCCCUCUGCUUUGGGGCUGGUCUCAGUCGAUCCCAUCACUGGAGACAUUUUUGCCCUCCAAGCUUUUGAUUAUGAGCAGGUGAGGAGCCUAGAGUUCCUGGUGACAGCAGAGGAUGGAGGGCAUCCCAAGCUGGCAUCCAACAUCUCCAUCAGGCUGGCUGUGCUCGACCGGAAUGACAACGCACCCAUCAUCACCACACCAGCGCUGGUGGGAGGGGUGGCCACGCUCUCUGUCCUGGUCAAUGUGGACACCGGCUGCUGCUGGGUGGUCCCUGGGAAUGGGAGCACCCAGGGGGCUGUGGCAGUGACCAAUUCCACACUCGUGUCGUGCCCUGCCAACCCCUUCCUCUUCACCAUCGUGGCCCGGGAUGUGGACUCUGGCACCAACGGGGCUCUCCGGUAUGAUCUGGUGGGUGGGGAUGAUGCCGGGCUCUUCAUCCUGGACCCGCUGCUGGGNCCGGCCAGUGUCACCUUCAGCCGGUGUCACCUUCAGCCGGUGUCACCUUCAGCCAGUGUCACCUUCAGCCGGUGUCACCUUCAGCUGCAAAUCUCCCAGCUGCUCUCGCUGCUGCACCAGGGCCAGUUCCAGCCCAAAACAAACUACAGGGGAAACAAGUACACGGCCAAGAACGGCAGCAGGGCUGCAGGGCUGGACACGGGGCUGGACACGGGGCUGGACACAGGGAUGGACACAGGGAUGGACACAGACUGCCUGAGCACCAAGGACAGCGGGCACGGCGAGAGCGAGGCCGGCGACCGCGACUGCGACAGCGCCUUCGAGCUCUCCGUGCAGCAGCUCGUGGGAGAGGAGCUGGAGACCCUCCUGGAGCCACAGGCAGAGCUGGCCCUCAAGAGGCUGACAGCUGCAGACCCAGAGUGGGUGGCCCGGCUGUCCCUGCCCCUCACCGGCAGCUACAAGGACAACGUCUUCUGCCCCGACUCGCCGCGCUCCCCCGAGGAUGAGGAGGCUGCAAGGCAGGAGACACCGAGGACCUUUGAGACCUUUGGCAAAGGUGCUGGGGCUGACCCUGGUGGCAGCGGGACGAGGCUGGCCAGCACGUUCCUGUCGGAGAUGAGCACCCUGUUUGAGAUGAUCCUGUCCCAGAAGGUGCAGGUGCACAGCGAGGCGGGCGCGGGGCUGCUGCGGCAGCUGUCGGCCCGCGGGCACGGCCUCGGCCUGGGGGAUGCUGCUCCAGGGCUGUAGCAGCUCUGUGGCUGUGGCAGGGAGAGAACAGUCAGAGAUUUGGGGUCCCCAGCCCCAGCAGGGUCACUGUAUGACCCAUGCCCAGACAGGUGUAUUCCUUCCUUCGUCUCGCCCCAUCGAAUUUCUCCACAACUGAUUUCACCUUUAGUUCCCCUCCAGCUGCCUGUCCUUGCCUUCCUCCUCUCCCACCCUGCUCUCCCAAUGCUCUGCCAGCCUCCCAUCCCACCCAGCAGCAGGAGGGCCUUUCCUCCCAGGACAGGCCCAGGCAAGGGGGUUGUGAGAACAACCACAGCACAGUGAGAUACAUCCAUGUGAUCACAGACUGUGAAAAUACCUGUCACGGACACUGCUGCAGCUGGGCUCCAGGGUUUCAGUUAUUUAAAUAAAACUGGUUUUUUCUAACACUACCCUCUCUGUCAGCAGUGGAGCUGACAUAAUGUAUGUGCAGAAAGCCUGAAGUGGCAGCUGGGGAAGGGGAGAUGAGCCUGUUGUCUCCCAUGGGUCCUUCCAGCUUCUCUGGUUCUGCCACUGGGAAGCUGGCAUUUUUUAAAAGCCCCCCAAAUCAGCACUGGCAUCUCUCCUAUGGCUGCUCCAAAUGCCCAUCACUUCCUUCUCCAUAAGGAGUGGAUGUGGCACUCAGUGCUCUGAGCUGGGUGACAAGGUGAGGAUCAAUCACAGGUUGGACUUGAUGUUCUCAGAGGUCUUUUCCAGCCCUAAUGAUUCCAUUCUAUUCUGUUCUCUCCUUUGAGGCCAUUGGAUUUUGGAGCACAGUCCUUAUCCAAAAGCAGACACCAGAUGGCUGGAGUCUGCCAAAGGUAACCUGGGAAAAAGGAAGUGUGAAAACACUGUUUUGAAAUAUUCAGUCACAAGCUUCACCCUUUUUAUGGGUUUUCACUUUGAUCUGUCAGUCUGGGAGCUGUAAGACAGUUUGGGGAUAAUAGCAUGGGUGGGGAAACCAAGGUAUUGGUGACAAAGGAAGAAGCACACAGGUGUCUGUGCCUCUGCACUCCUGGAGAAGGGAAGGGUGGUGCUGACCCACGGGCUCAAGCAGCAGUGUGGGGAUGGCAGGGAAGGGCUUCUGGGCUCUCCUGGACCACCUCAGGUACCCUACCCCUGUUCUUUUCCAUGUGCCUGGAGGUGACAUUCCCAGCUUCAGCUGUGUACACACCCAAGCCACAGCACCAGACCAAACACAGAGCAUUUAAAGCAGAGCAAAUGAGAAAGUUACCUCUUUCUGUUGCUCUUGGGGCUAAAUGACAAGAACAAUAGAAUGAGAUUUCCCCAGGUGGACUUUUUAAUAUCCAAAAUGUUGUUUUAUUUCCAGUCUCCAAAAUGCUUGUACAGAUGAGCCCAUGUCUGGCAUCCAUCCAUGGAUGGGUUUGGCCUGGCCAGCUUGUGCUGCUGCUCUGCUAACACAAAUCUCUUGCUGGUUUGUUUUACAAACAAAACAGGUUCUUGCACCAAAACAAUGUCAGAGAGCCAGAUUCUAACUGAGAUGCAGCUGUGCAAACCAUGAGGGAGGCAUUUGUGCCUGAGCCCUGUGGGAUUCCUCUGCAGCUUGGGAGCACAGGCAGAGGGACAAACAGCCAGCACAACCUCACAUCUCCCUCUGCAAAGUUGCUUUGAUGUCCCUGUCAGAGGAAAGUCCUUACACAAAAAUACCUAAUAACAAGCAGGUUUAAAAGGAGACCAAUUCCUCCCUCUUGCUUCAAUUUCCUGAUUGUGCAAACUGCUUUCAGCCCCCCCAGCCCCUCUCCCAUCCUGAGCGAUGCGUAAGCGCGCUCUGGAUUAUCACAGCAUAGGAAAUCCACCCCAGGAAUUUCCUGCUCCUUGUAUCCUGCUUGAUAAAGGAAAUGGUCUAAGAAAGUUUGGUCUGAGCAGAAGGAGAGAGCAGACCAGAAGAACAAUCAGAUGUGUGGAGGGCUGGCCGUGCCCCUCCCUUGCUGCAUGGAGAAGUUCAGGAUGGGGCCAUUGCCUUUGUUUUGCAGAGCCUGAUCUACACAGAGCACCAGGGCCACAGGAAGCUGGGCAGCUUGCACAGAUGCCCUUGAACCAGUUUAAACUGGUGUGAACAAAUGCCUUUUUCCGGAUUCAGCUGCCCCAGUGGAGGAAAUUAUCACACCAGCUGCCUGCUGCUGCUGCCUGCCAGCGGUGCCUUCCCGCUGGGAGCAUCCCUUAUCCACUCUGCUGAAAAUGAGCUGGUGUGCUCAGCAAACAGGGACACGAUGGGUUUCGAAGCAAACCUUGCUCAUUGUGUCUCAGAGAGGUGGGAGCAGCUCCCUGCCAGGGCUGCAGGAGCAGGAGUGGGGACAGAAGGACACUGACAUGGUGCAGGAUGGCUGGGGACAGCUGUCACCUCACUGCUACAGGUGGAUCUGUCACAUCCCAUAAAAAACUCUGCCCAGUGAUGACAAUUUCCUCUCUUGCUUGCCCAGGUCUGAAAGAUUAAACUGCCAUAAUGGCAACACAGAGCCAGCCCACACUGUGCUGGUAGCAGGGGCACUGUGGGGACUUGCUUUGGAGAGAGA